AGGACGCAGAAUGGCGACCGUGCAGUGCUCCAAGUGCACGGCAGAAAGGAAAGGGUUUCGGCGGGAACUUGAUUCUUGGCGACACAAAUUGAUACACUGCGUUGGAUUUGAAAGCAUUCUGGAGGGAAUAUAUGGCCAAAUGUUGCUGAGAGACCUCAAUUUAUUUGAUGACUGUGAACCUGAAGAGGUUGAUGACUGGUCCCCAGAAACAAGCUGCUCUCAAUGUUCAUUCUGCAACCUUCCCCUGGACAAACCCAGUGAUCAAGUACCUGCGGCCACGUCACCCCUCUCCUCCCCCUCUGAUUACUCUCCAUGUCAGGCUCCAACCAUCUCUGAGAGCAACCAAUCAGCGCACAGGUUCCUCCAAGCUGUGUUUCACAGGAAAGAUGUGUCCGUUGGCUGUGAUUCCAACAUCCCUCUGGUUGCCCAGGAGCUGAUGAAGAAGAUGAUACAUCAAUUUGCCUUGGAGUACGCGUCCAAGUGCCUGCACCACACCAGUACAAAUGGUGUUACAACAAGGACCUCAUCACCUGUGUCAGAACCAUCAGAUGCCCCUCUGGACCUCACACUGAGCCGAACCCAGGAGGAGAAAGAGAGUGAAAGUGAACCAGAUGGCGUGCUCGACCUCUCCAACAGGAACUCUGCCUGCUCAGCAACUUCAUCAACAUCCUCAUCUAAUCACAAAGCCUCAGGCUCCUUGCUGCCAUCACUUACUGAAGAGUUGGGAGAUCUUGGACAUGGAGGGAACAAGUGUCGUCAGAGCUCUGCGCUGGAUGCUGUUCUCAGCUCACUCUGCCCAUCACAUAGUUCCUUACUCUACCAGAUCCUGAAGCUGGCACACCAGGAAAAAUUGCUGUUGUUCCUUAAUCACAGACCUGUGGGUCAAAUUGAAUCUCCCUGCUGUCAUUGUGGUGUAAACCCACAAGAUAAUGUUACCCCUAAUGCAGUCCCAUUUAGUGAAUGUAAAGCUUAUAACAGCAGCCCGUACUACCCUUUAACUGAUUGUGAUCAUCAAGGUCAUGGCAGUACAUUGUAUCAUCCAGGGGGCUGCCAGUCCAAUUGUAGCACCCAUCACUACCCUUUAACAAACAGUAAAAGUGAAGCUCCUCUGGGCUCAAGCUGCUGCUGUUUUCAGAGGUCCAGGAUGGAAACCUACCCUGUUCUUUGUCCCAAGAGGCUGCACUGCAUUUCCUGCCAAAGCCUGCCUGUAAGUCACAUCAACACCAUAGUGUGUUCAUUUACAUCCCCUCCUUCGGCAUCUAAAUCCCCAUCACUGUGUACUCCCUCCUCUAGUUUUUGCCCUUCCUCAUCGAUCUGCUGUAACCAACACAACCCCCACUCUUGUCCCUGCUAUUUAAACCAUGUCUGUCUGACCCAGGUCAGUAGCACAAUAGAAGGAGGGGUUGGAGACGGGGAUCCUCCUUGUCCAGUCCUGAAGAGAGAGCAGAGCCCCUCUCCUCCCCCUCUGUCCCCAAUCCCCUCGGACAUCAAUAAGAAAACUGACGAAAAGCCACCCUCCCUCCUUCACCAUAGACAGGAGGAGGAAGCUGACGUAAUGGUUAAAGAUGGUCUUGUUAAUGCAAGCCACCAGGAAGUAGAUAUGGAUACAGCUUCCGAAGAGAAGCUAGUGUGUAGGAUGGCAAGAAGUAGUCACACCGAGCAGAACCCAAAUGGGACUUCACUCCAAGAUGUCGUGAAUCGCUUCAGUGAGAAAUUGGAGACAAUCGAACCUGUAGAGAAAGACCCACCUCUGGUUUCCAAUGCCAUUUAUGUCUCUGAAAAGGAGCAGCCACAGUCCCCCUCAACCAGUCAGAACUUGCAACAUGUUGAUGCCCAUCUGACUGAAAUCAUUACCACAGUGCUUCAUACAGGCAGUGCUAGUGACUACAAUCUCAGUGAGCUUUUCAAUCGCCAUGAUAGCACAGAGCCCAAGUCACCUAAUACCCGCUCCCGUCGUCGCCAGGAAGUUCUUGCUGCUAUGGCAACACCUCCUGAUGAUGCUUCAACCAGAAGGCAUACUUUACAAAUUAAACGAGAGCUUGCCAUGUUUGACCAGUCUUACACCAGGAGAAAGGUGCCACUAGCAAAGAGGGCAAGACUGAAAGAUGAAAACGUGACUGAAUCUACAUCAAACACUUCAUCGGAUUCAAACCUAGUCAAAGAGGAGUCUAAGAGAGAAAUGGAGGUAGAUGUGGAACCUGUGGAGAAUCAUGGAGUUGGUGAGGGACCUCUGAAAAUGCUCACUGCACAAAGUGACAGAGAUGAAGUAAAAGAGGAGAUACAGACAGUUAUAGUAACAGAAGAAAUUCAGAUCAUUAAAGCGGAGAAGAAAGAAAGAGAGAUAUUUAGUGAGGACAAAGGUCUUACUUUCUCAGGCACACAAACACUUGCCCCUGAGCUGCAGAGCAAGUGCAGCUCAGGCUCAAUGGGUGACAUCCUACAAACACGGGGGAUGACAGUGACUGCAACCUCAACAAAACAGCGUAACAGGCCCUGUGAAGAAGAUGGUAAAGGUAGCAGUGCUGGAAGCGAUAGGAACCACGAAGAAGCCCCAGCAGGUCAAAAUUCUGACAGUGAGGGGAGGAGAUCCAGGAGGAAUAUUGUCCCUCCACAGCGAUUCUCCUCCUAUGUAACAGAGCCCAGGAAGAUGUUCUUUGUUGCAUGUUUCUCUGAAAGCGUCUUCAAUCAGAAAACACGUAAGGACAAGGCUUUGACAUCAAGCAUCUCGGAUGCCUUGUCCAAAGAUCCAGAUGCUAAGGACUCCCAGAUUGAAUCAAAAAGUGAAACCCCUCUGUCCUCACGUGAGCACACAUGGAAGUUUGCCUCUGAACCUGCACAAAGAGAACAACGUGGACCAUCUGAUAAACAGUCAAACAGUAACAAGGUAUUUCCACAAAAUGUGGCUGCCAAAGAGAAGAAUUCGACAAAACCCAGCUCAGACAAUGGGACAGAUGGCAGUGACUGUGGUGCCAAAACUUUUGGAAGGCUGCGAUCGUCUCCAAAAAGACUGCCAGACUCAAAGACUGCUUCAAGAACUCCCACAAACACAUCAAAUAUGGAUGUCACCAUUAAUUCCUUUACCUGUUUUGAGAGCCCUCCAAACGCUCAAGUCCAGUACACUAGUCCAAUUAAGCUCAUGUUUGUAUCACCAGUAAAGGAUAAGGAAGGAAUCCGAUACAGUCUCAAAUCAGCAGGCACUAGUGGACAAGCAGAGGAACCCUUUGACCCAUAUGAAGAGUCUUCUUGGUCAGGGACUCUUCAGAAACACACAAGCCUGAGCACUGAGUUGGCUACUUCACAAGUAAAAUCUGUUUUUUCACCACUAAAGUCUGCUACCUCACCUGCAAGAUCUGUUCAUUCACCAACAAAGUCAGCCUCUUCGCCACCCAAGUCAGCCUCUUCGCCACCCAAGUCAGCCUCUUCGCCACCCAAGUCAGCCUCUUCGCCACCCAAGUCUGUCUCCUCAGCACCCAAGUCAGCUUCUUCACCAGCCAAGUCUGUCUCUUCAACACCCAAGUCAGCUUCUUCACCAGCCAAGUCUGUCUCUUCAACACCCAAGUCAGCUUCUUCACCAGCCAAGUCUGUCUCCUCAACACCCAAGUCACCUUCUUCACCAAGUAAGUCCUCUGCUUCACCAGCAAAGUCUGCCUCUUCACUGAAGUCAGCUUCCUCAUCACCUAAAAUAAGUUCCAGAAGGUCUGGUGAAGGUACUCCAACUAAGCGUGCAGCUGGAACUGAGAGAUCACCCGGCGGCUUGCUAUCUUUCCAUGAAACCACUCCUCCAAAAAGGCGUCCAGGUCGGCCAAAGAAGCUGGGACCACAGCUGGAGCAAAAAGUGAAGAGGCCAAUUGGUCGACCACGCAAGCAGAAGGCUGUGGAUUCACUAAUGGGGACAAAAAUGGCAAACGGAAAAUCUGAUGUACCAUCCGACGUUGAGGAGAAUGUAAACAAGAACCUCAAAAUAACAGUAGUGUAUGGCCGUUCAAGGAGAAAUAAACGAACGGUGUCUGAGAGCUUUGACCAGCUCCAAACAGAAUUCCAUGAUGCUUGGCAAGCAGUGGGCCUUAAAAGUGACUUGGGAAUUUUAAUGCACAACUCUAACACCUGCUCAGGUAGUAUCACAACAGCCUCAACAGAGUUGUCAAAGGAAUUAAAUUUUGUCAGCCCUAUGAAAGAGUCUGCACCUCAAUCUAGCGGUAAUGUCAAAUGCCAGAAACGGGAUGAUUCUGUACCAUCAAGGAAACCAGGUAGACCAGCAAAAGUUAAAAUAUCUGGAAUCUCAGUUACAGUAACCACAGUAUCACCUCGACAACGUAAAAUCCAGAUAAACAAGGACACCCGGCAGUCCCCUGACACACUAAUUCAUAAAAAAGUACUUCUACCGGAAUUCAAGUCUGCCAAAGAGCCCAGGACAAUCAGUCGUCAGUCAACAAGCAAAAGCAGUCAAACAGAGGAAGGGAAAGAAACAAGGGAUGAAACUAGAGACAAACUGCCAGAUCAGCUGGUGGCAGUGCGUCACUCAAUGAGAGUGAGAAAGCCCUCAAUCCAUUUUCUGCAUGCAGUUGCCACCUCCACCUCUAGAUCAUACAGUCACAGUACUGCUCUACUACGGCGCUCUAAACAACUUCUGCUGAAUAAGGCCAACAAUGAAAGGAGACAGGCGGAGCAACAAAGCAGUGUAGAAAUUUCAGGGGAGAAAAGACCGCUCUAUGGACAAGAGAGAAAGAACAUCUCUCAGGACCUGAGUAGAGUGGCAGGGAUAUCUGUCGACUCAAUCUUUACCCCAAAAGAAACGCUAAGGUGGUGGGCAGCAUCAGCUGAGGAAAAGACCAUGAACCAGGAGCUUGCCAGGCGAAUACGCCUCAUCUCUGACACUUGGGUCUCAGACACUGUGGAGAACCAAGAAAAAGAAAUUGCAUUCAAUUCUAAACUAGGCACUAAAGGCAACAGGAAGUCCAAACAUUCCUCUGUGGUUCGAACUUUGUUCGACUGUCCUCCUAAUAAACCAAGGUCCUGUAGCAUGCAGCAGCUCUGCUCCUGGUUUAUGCAGACCACAGAGACACAGUCUCUGGCUAUUGUCAAGAAAGCGAGCUCUCGGAAUCCCUACGAACUUAUGCACUUCCCUCGUUCUACCAAUAAAAAAAGUGUUUGCCACAGUCCUCAGGCCGAGCGACUCCGCAGACACAUCAAGAAAUUUGCCAAAUUGGUGCCUAAAAGUCCUCUGCAACAUCAACAGGCUCAAAGAAGGCUGAGAAAGAGGAAUGAGGCAUCUCUAUCAACACAUGAUAUUAGGCGACAACUUUUCACUCCCAGGUUUGCAACAGGCAUGCUUAAUCAGGGAGCCCAAUGGAGGAGAAGCAGAGCAUUUAGCAAAUACCAGGCCACUCUAUUUAGAGCAACGACAAGGUUCCUAAACCGGAAAGAAAGGGAGAGGUGGCAAAAGAGGCAGAGAGAUAAAAACAUAAAGGUAGCUACAAGUUGUUCAAAUGGACAUGUAGUGACCAGACUACAGCCAAAACGUAAAGCAUUACGCAGAUCAGCAAAAUAUCAGUCAUCCGACUGUCUGGAGAACAGUUCUGCCACCAGUUCUGUCGACCAAACUCAGGAGCCUGUUGAUGUACCCAAAGAGCAGAACCUCUGCUCUAAAGCCUGGAGUCCUGAGACGCUGAAGGAAUGCCGGGUGUUUCUGAGGAAGAUCAACUCUCCAGACAAUGAAUCAGCUGAGGAAGAGUGGGACUCCUGUACCGUGACACUGGAUGAUGGGUCACCUUCUGCAUACCUCUUUGCAGGAAAGGAGAGAGAACUGGUAGGAGUUGUUAAAGCUGUGAAAACUGCAAGAAAAAGGAGUAUGAGUAGGACUGCCUCAAGAGAGCUAGCAGGUUCUGCCCCUAAAUCAGUCCAGGAGCAGGAUGAGAUGCCAGUGGGGAGGCAGAAAGGCAAAUACAGAAGUCCUGGGGUUGUGUCUACUGAACCACCACAACCACCACCAGCGAAAAUGAGACAAUCGCGAAUGAGGGGCCUAACCGGGCCGAGGUGGUGUGACUUUGUGUUUGAAAACUAAAUGAAGCAACCUGGGAAAGGGACUGUGGUUUAACGUGGUGCCUUUGGACAUUGAGCUGACCACAUGGACUGACCAUCCCACUAUGGUUCAGACUUACACUCAGCAUUUAUGUAGCAGUCUAACUUAACAAAGCUUGAUGUUGCACUAUUUUUAUCCAUGGAUGUGUAUGUACAGAAUGUUUGAUUUUUUUGUUUUUAUUAUUUUAUUACUGUCAACUUGCCUUUGUCUUUCUGAGCGUGUAUAGUAGAUCAAAUCAUUACGUUGAACAGAGUUUUAAUGAGGUAAGCGCUUAAACAGUAAGCAUUGUCCUAGUGGCUGUAUUUGAAGGAAAGACAAAGCUUGACUGCAUCGAGACAGUGCCAUCUCCCCCAAAACAUAGCACGUUAUCAAGGCCGCCACUUCUUUCAGACAAUGACCAUAAAAAUGUACAGCUCAAAAGUCCCCCACCCCAUGAUGAUACAUUUUUUAUUUAUAGUUACUUAGGUCCUGUUAAAACUCCAAAUUGCUAAUUACAUUUUUUCUUAAUUAUUUUUGAUUUAAGAAAAGUAUAUUGAAAUUUAUUGACAUUCUGUCGAUCCAAGCCUUGUUUGCAAUAUUUGUCUUUGAUGCUACAGUCACUGUUGAUGUGUUGCAAGCCAGUAGCCAAAACGUGGUUCAAAUGAAGGAAUCUUGAGCAUCAACCAAGCCCCAUCUUUACCCAGUCACUCUGUGUUUAGGUCCCAGCUACAAAAUUGUGUAUUGAACUACAGUAAUUGGCCAUCAGCCUGUACUAAAACCAAAUAUUUUAAUUCAUUAUUUCUUUUAAAGUAUUUUUUAGAGAUUUGCAUGUCUUAGCACAAACAUACAUGUUCUAAGUGACUACAUAUCCAGCCCCAACACCCACAAAAUGUAGAGGUACAGUAGAUGUGAAGUGAUGAAGAAAAUGGCAUUAUGCAGUUGUAGAAAGCAGAUUCUGAUUAAUUUGUUGGUUAGUGGGAUGUGUCUUGUUUUAAUUCAGUUAUCUUUUUGUGAUUGUCUUGUUUUCACCCAAAGCAUAUACUGUAUGUUGGCUUCAGAUCUACUUCUUGCACUAUUCCAUCUGAGAUUAUUAAUCCCACUACGCAGAUUCCUCCCCUAUAUUUUGCACAUCCCAUGUCCCACUACCAAACCCUACUGUAAAACUAGAGAAUAUAUUUGGUGCAAUACAAACCCAGAUGAUUUAUCAGUAUGUAGUAAUUAUUUUAUUGCUGACAAGACGAAUGGAUGUACGCAAGUACCAAUGGCCUGGGAUGUUACUUCAGUUGUUUCCAUAGCCAUGUAAUGUGAUCUUAAAGGAUACUGCUAUACAAACUUUUUUCCCACCUGCUUUGUUCUCCUCGAUGAAACAGAAAAAUAACAUCUGUAAUUGUUAUAAUAGCAUUAAUUUUUUUCUUUUUAUCAGAAAUGUACUAGCAUUAUUUACUGUUUGAAUGCAGGUGGGAAAUGUGUUUCUGUUUUUCUCAAGAUGCAGCAAGAGAUGCCUACCUCCACUGGGGCUCAGCUAGGCCUACUGCUCUUUUGCUUAUCAACCGUGUGAUAGACAUGGUCAGACAGACUAUCGCUAAACACUAAUCUUGGAUCGUCAUGUUUUCCUGCCCUCUAAAGAUCCAAGAUUUCUGGCCCGUAGGUCAGAACUUAAACCUGUAUUGUGUAUUGUGUGUCACUAUGGUUGUCAGUUCAACAUGAUGGAGGUGAGUUGGCUCAGUCUUGUGAUAAAUAACCAUCAGCCCUCUGUUGAAGAACCUGGUGCUAAACAUCUGUUGUAUAUUUUCUUUAUCGUGUUUUUAUACUGUCCAUUACAGAUGCAACAAAAGGGGGUGUCUGUUAUUGGAACAAUAAAGAGUCUUUUGGAAUAAACAGCGAGCAAUAUGAUUUAUAGUAGACUAGUAGAGAAAUGUAAAUGACAUGGCCGAUGUAAUUCUUACUGUUGAGUAU